AUGGCGCCGACAUCGACCUCCCAGAAGGCGAUGACCACCCAGUUCGUUCAGUUGACGGGUGCAAGUGACAGAACUGCACAAAGGUACCUGAAGAACGCCGGAUACAAGCUCAAUGAAGCCGUUGAUGCUUGUUUGCUGGACAUGGCCGUUUCUGCCAUCGCCUUUUACCGCCCGUAUAAUGUUAUCCGAACCACUCAUCUCAUCAUGCGCCGGCCCUUCUCGGGCAAUUUGACCUGCAGCGCACGCAAGGAUACCGCAUACUUCUCUGGCGCCAGCGGAACUUCCACCCCCACGACUUCGGCGCUUGAUACUUCGUUGAAUCAAAUGUUUGACAAGCUACGAGAUGACUCGAAAGACGAGAAGAACACACUGGGUCUUGACACUACCAUGGCGUACCUCGGCGACUUGGGCGUCAACAUCGAGAACGCUGAGCUGCUAGUCGUGAUGGAACUCCUUCAGGCACCGUCUGUUGGAGAAAUCACCAGAAAAGGCUUCGUCGAUGGCUGGAAGGUGUCUGGUGCUGCGACGCGUCAAGCGCACGUCUCUCACAUCAAGUCACUGGUUAGCAGUCUUUCAACUGACCCUGCCUACUUCAGAAAGGUGUAUCGGCACACCUUCGUUGCCAGCAAGGAGCCGACCCAAAAGGCACUCAACCUUGAGAUUGCUACAGUCUACUGGAACGUCCUCUUUUCGCCACCAGGUUGGGAGUGGAAGACGAAGAACCAGGACUGGCUGCAGCUGUGGUUGAAGUUUCUCGAAGAGAAGUGGACCAGAUCUGUUAACCGCGACAUGUGGAACCAGAUCCUCGAAUUCGCGACCAAGUCCAUGGCCGAUGAGUCAUUGUCUUUCUGGAACGAGGAUGGGGCAUGGCCUAGUGUAAUUGAUGACUUCGUGGCUUGGUGCAAAGAGAGAGGGAUUGGCAAGUCCGAGACAAUGGACUUGGACGCCUAA